ACUUUUCGUACUUCUUUUUUUUCCUUCAUUUUCUUAGCAAAUUCAACAUCGAAAAAUAAACUACCACUUUUGUUCACCUCUUUAUACCAAAGUUUUGUUUCCUUGAUUUUCAACACCGUUUUCGAUUUGGGUUUUUCUUUAAGCUUCAAAUUGAGUUGGAUUUGUAGCUAAAAAAAAGAAAAGAAAAUGGCAGAAGAGAGUAAGCAAAGAAGGAAUGUUGAGCCCGUAAAGGUUCAAACAGCUUCAUCAUCAGAAGAAAGAAGAUCAAACAACAAUCUCCCAAACUUUCUUCUUUCAGUAAGGCUAAAAUAUGUGAAGCUUGGCUACCAUUACGUUAUCUCUAACGCUAUGUAUUUGAUGUUGGUGCCUCUCCUAGGCAUUGCUUCAGUUCAUCUUUCCACACUUACUAUCCUAGAUUUUGUUCGACUAUGGGACCAACUCAAGUUCAAUCUCGUUUCAGUAACCCUAUGUUCCGGUCUUUUAGUUUUCUUGGCCACACUUUACUUCAUGAGCCGGCCAAGGAAAGUUUACUUAGUGAAUUUCGCUUGUUACAAGCCUGAAGCUGAUAGUAUUUGCACCAGGGAAAUCUUCAUGGAGAGAUCUGGUCUCACUGGUAGCUUCACCGGAGAGAACUUAGCCUUUCAGAAGAAAAUCCUGGAGAGGUCUGGGUUGGGACAAAAGACAUACUUGCCUGAGGCAGUGAUGCGUGUCCCACCCAACCCUUGCAUGGCGGAAGCCAGGAAGGAGGCCGAGACAGUGAUGUUUGGAGCUAUUGAUGAACUCUUGGACAAAACUGGUGUUAAGGCAAAGGAUAUAAGGAUCCUUGUGGUGAAUUGUAGCUUGUUCAAUCCUACACCAUCUCUUUCUGCCGUGGUUGUCAACAGAUACAAGUUUAGGGGAAACAUUUUGAGUUAUAAUCUUGGUGGAAUGGGGUGCAGUGCUGGGCUCAUUUCUAUAGACCUUGCUAAACAGCUGCUGCGGGUGCACCCCAACUCUUAUGCCUUAGUGGUAAGCAUGGAGAACAUUACUCUCAACUGGUACUUUGGCAACGACCGAUCUAUGCUCGUCUCAAAUUGCCUCUUCCGCAUGGGCGGUGUCGCAAUCCUUCUCUCCAACCGCUCAUCUGAUCGCCACCGCUCCAAAUACCAACUCAUUCACACCGUACGCACGCACAAAGGUGCCGAUGACAAAUGCUACAACUGCGUCUUCCAACGUGAGGAUGACACCAAAAGAAUCGGCAUUUCCCUCUCGAAAGACCUCAUGGCUGUCGCCGGAGAAGCCCUUAAAACCAACAUCACCACUCUGGGGCCACUAGUUCUUCCCAUGUCGGAGCAACUCUUGUUUUUCGUCACGUUAGUGGCAAGGAAAGUGUUGAAGAUGAAGAUCAAACCCUACAUCCCAGAUUUCAAGUUGGCAUUCGAACAUUUUUGCAUUCAUGCAGGUGGGAGAGCCGUGCUAGAUGAGCUUGAAAAAAACCUUGACCUUACAGAUUGGCACAUGGAGCCAUCGAGAAUGACGCUUUAUAGAUUUGGGAACACUUCAAGCAGUUCUUUGUGGUAUGAAUUAGCUUACUCUGAAGCCAAAGGAAGAAUCAGAAGAGGUGAUAGGACAUGGCAGAUUGCUUUCGGGUCAGGAUUUAAGUGCAAUAGUGCAGUUUGGAAGGCAUUGAAGACCAUCAAUCCAGCUAAGGAGAAAAGCCCUUGGAUUGAUGAGAUUGAUGAGUUUCCUGUUCAUGUGCCUGGGGUGGCAAAUAUUGCUUCUUCUUAUAAAUCCUAAUUCUUAUUAACAAGGAGAUUAUCAUUUAGUACUGAGUACUAUAUAUAUGGUUUAAUCAUUUUAUACGUGGUUAAGGUGUGAUAAUCAAAUUGGUUGUUAAUACCAAGUUAGAAGGGGGAAAAGGGAGACCAUUGUUUCAUUUUCAUUUUUUGGUGUUAUAAAGUCAAUUUGAUUGAUCAAUGUA